AUGUUCGCUCGAUCCGCCGCCCGCACUCUUCGGCCCCUCCGUUGCCAGGCCACGCGGUACUACAGCACCGCCAGCGCAGCCACCCCUCCCCCUCCCGCCCCCAAGAGCGGCUCCAACGCCGCCCUCUACAUCGCCGGAGCCGCGGGCCUGGGCGGCGCGGCCUACUACUUCCUCGGCGGUGCCGCUGCCGGCAAGAAGAUCGACGCCUCUGCCGCCGGAACUCCCGCGAAGGCUGCGUUGACUGGCGGAGAGCAGGGAUUCAUUCCCUUGAAGGUCGAGAGCGUCGAGAGUGUCAGCCACAAUACUAAGAAGCUGCGCUUUAAGCUCCCCGAGGACGACAUGGUUUCUGGUGUUCAUAUUGCCAGCGCCAUUUUGACCAAGUUCAAGCCUGAGGGUGCUGAGAAGCCCGUUAUCAGGCCAUACACCCCCAUCAACGACGAGGAGGCCCGCGGCUACCUCGACCUCCUCGUCAAGGAAUACCCCAACGGCCCCAUGUCCACCCAUAUCGCCAACCUCAAGCCCGGCGACGUCCUCGACUUCAAGGGCCCCAUCCCCAAGUACCUCUGGCAGCCCAACAAGCACAACCACAUCGCCCUCCUCGCCGGCGGCACCGGCAUCACCCCCAUGUACCAGCUCCUCCGCGCCAUCUUCUCCAACCCCGACGACAAGACCAAGGUCACCCUCGUCUUCGGCAACGUCACCGAGGGUGACAUCCUCCUCAAGAAGGAGCUCGCCGACCUCGAGAACAGGUAUCCUCAGCGCUUCCGCGCGUUUUAUACCUUGGAUAAGCCUCCCAAGGGCUGGGCUGGUAAUUCGGGAUUCAUCACUAAGGACCUUCUGAAGACUGUCCUUCCUGAGCCCAAGGAGGAGAACGUCAAGGUCUUCGUCUGCGGUCCUCCUGGUCUUAUGAAGGCUAUCUCCGGUCCUAAGAAUAGCCCCCAGGACCAGGGUGAGCUCAGUGGUAUCCUAAAGGAGCUGGGUUACGGCAAAGACCAAGUUUACAAGUUCUAA